AUGGCACAAUCAGUUCUUACUUACGACGAAGCAAGUACUCGUUUGAUGAAAUGGUAUGAGAGUCGAAGAAUGGAAGAAGAACUCGAUUAUGUGUUAACGGCAAGAUGCGUUAUUAUUACCAGAGACAUGAAUCUCGCCCGUAGACGGAAGUUUUUGAGAGAUCGCUUGAAGGCGGAGGGGGAAGGGAAUAACGAAAUUUCCAUGUUCCUUCCAGCCGAUCCCACGAACGACCUUACUGAAUGUUCGAGUCUAUGUACGAAUCUAAUUACCAUGGUAGAUUUAGAGCAGGAUGAGGAGAAGCAACACGUUUUGCAUCACCGAUUAGUACACUACGGGGCGAAAAUAGUUCGGUUACUAACAAACUCCAGAAGUUCACCUAACCUCCACAGUGGGAUACAAAGCUUGCUAGUAAAAAUUGUCGGAGUGUUGGAUCAGUUUUUAGGUCAACAAGACGAUGUUCAAACACCGGAGGAUGUUCAGAAUCCAUCUCCUUCCGCAGUAGCGAUUGACGAAGUUAACUUGAGUGGAGACGAAAGAGACGAAAUAAAUCAACAGAACAUUAGCAGACAGAUAACGAAUCAGCCAAUGGUUAAGAGGAAAAACGAUUUCGAUUGGAUCCGUUCACUACAUGCAAGGAUCUACGAAAUUGAAAAAGAGUUAGCAAAACGGAAGGAAAUAUUCGGAAAUGAGAAGACUGUCCAAGCGAUCGACAAUCAGGACGCGCCUCGCAGAGACUGUCCGAAACCAGCUCUGUCACCAAUACAACAACAACAGAAUCGAUUUUCAGGUCCAUUUAAGGAGCCACAAAGCCAACAUAAAAACCAACAAAAUUUGUCGAGCCAGUCGAGAAAUGCACAACCGACUAAUACUGGUGCCUCUCGCGACUCGCAGAAACUGUCUCCAAAUUCAAAUUCAAACAAACCAAAAUCACCAAUUGCUGGUCCAUCUGGCACUUCUUCUCGUCCUCAACUCACUCUUGAGCAAGUAGUUCAAGGACAUAGACCCCCAGGACCCAACACUUGUUUCAAUUGUGGGACUCCUGGUCAUCAUUUGCUUUUGUCCGUAUUGUAUAAAAAACGGACCACGAGCGAGCGAAAAUCGCCGUUCGCAGAAUUCGGAAGCGUAACUCCACCAACCAACCUUAAAACCCCACCAGUUUUCUGGGAAACCACCACCGAAGACAGUUAUUCCCGGACCGAAGAAAUAUCUCUUUCGGAUAGCGGAAGCAAUUUCACUAUAAUUAGCGAAAGGGUCUUUGCCCGAUUAAAGCCUAAGAAGCUUCGCAGUGCACCCAAACACAUUUGCUUGAAAUCAGCUAGUGGCGAUGAACUCCAAAUUCUUGGUCAAGUUCACCUACCAUUUCGUUUUCUCGAUAUGAUCAAGAUUGUUCCGACCCUGGUUAUCCAGAAUUUAUCUCUCGACUGUAUAUGUGGUAUGGAUUUCUGGAGAAAGUUUCAGAUUCAGCCCACUAUACUUCAGAGAGAGUUGUUGCAGGAUCCCAGGAACGUAGCAACAAUUGAUCAACUUACAAUCGAAACGAUUCUGUCAGAUGACGAACGUCAAAAAGUUGAGGAGAUAAAACGGCUGUUUCUCCCAGCAAAGGCGGAUCAGCUAACUAUUACACCACUUGCUGAACAUCGCAUUGUCAUUAAUGAGGAGUGGAAAGACAAACCACCGGUUAGACAAUUUCCCUAUGUAAUGUCCCCGAAGACGCAGGAGUUGGUGGCUAUAGAGUUGCAGAGAUUGUUAAAUGUAGGGAUAAUUGAACGGAGCAGUUCGGACUGGUCGUUGAACUGUGUACCUGUAAUCAAGCCUACUAAAGUUAGACUCUGUUUAGACGCGCGCAAAAUCAACGAGAGAACUGUGCGUGAUGCAUACCCUUUGCCCCACCCUGGUCGUAUCCUGGGACAGCUUCCCAAAGCGAAAUAUUUAAGUACAAUCGACUUGUCAGAAGCCUUUUUGCAGGUUCCAUUGGAACCGAAUUCGCGAAAAUACACGGCAUUCUGUGUGCAGGGCAAAGGGUUGUUCCAGUACACCAGAAUGCCUUUCGGUCUAGUAAACAGUCCGGCCAUACUGGCCAGAUUAAUGGACAAUGUUCUAGGUCAUGGUGUACUGGAGCCGUACGUUUUUGUGUACCUUGACGACAUCGUCGUAGUCACGGAAACGUUCGAGCAUCACGUGCAGCUUCUCGUUGAAAUUGCGCGCCGUCUGAAAGAGGCUAACCUUAGUAUAAACUUGGAGAAGUCCCAGUUUGGAGUGAGCGAAAUUCCAUUCCUAGGUUAUCUUCUGGGUACUGAUGGUCUUCGAGCGAAUCCCGAAAAAAUCAGGCCAAUCGUCGAAUAUGAACGACCGACUUCGGUAAUCAAGCUCAGAAGAUUCCUAGGAAUGGCAAAUUAUUAUCGCCGAUUUAUUCAAAACUUCAGUGGGACAACUUUCGCCCUGACUGACCUGUUACAGACUAAGUCGAAGGUCAUUCAUUGGAAUGAUGACGCUGAACUGGCGUUUUGCGAGAUCAAGGAGCGUCUUAUAUCAGCCCCUAUUCUCGGGAGUCCAGACUUUUCACGUGAGUUUGUGAUUCAAACGGAUGCGAGUGAUGUGGCGGUUGCUGCCGUGCUAACUCAGCAACAAGAGCACGGAGAACGUGUCAUUUCAUACUACUCGCAUAAGUUGACGACGCCACAGAAGAACUACCACGCAGCAGAGAAAGAAGCUUUGGCAGCAAUCCUCGCUAUCGAUGCUUUCCGUGGUUACAUCGAAGGCUAUCACUUUACGGUGUAG